AAAACAUACAUUUUCUUUUCUGCUUUAGACGAAAUCGAUGCCAAUUAUUUGCAAAUUGAAAAACGAAAAAUAGAAACUGAACUCUAUUAUCGGACGGUGGAUCGGGCAAUCGCUGAAGAUGUACUGACCGAUAGAGAAGACGGCACUUGCUUAGUGAGGCCAUACAAAGAAGCGGAUAUCACCAUCAAGUAUAUUGUUAGUAUUUAUUGUCGGCAGCAAUUCUAUCAUUUAUAUAUACGACAAAUAUGCGGGAAGGAAUUAUAUGCCAUUGGUCAACCGAAGCCGAAUGAGCGUUUAUUUACUACACCCAAUGAAAUCAUUGAUUUUUAUAAACAUCAUCAUUUGUUGUGUACGAACAAACAAACAACGAUGAGCGUUAUAUUAAAGCCACUUAUUGUUUAAAUUUUUUAAAUGAAAAGAAAUUUUUUAU